AGGAAGCUCAGUCCUCUCAGCUUCAUCAAAGACAAACUGAACACAUGGAAACAGAAGCUGAUGGAGCGGAUUGUGGAGGACCAGAACCAGACAGGAAGUUAGAUCCAGAAAGACAUCCAGGACCAGAUACUGAUGAGACUGAGGACAGUGCUGAUUGGGAGGAGACUGAGGAACCUCAGUCAGAUGUGAACCCUCAAAACAAAGAAGUACCUGUAAGUGAUGUGAACUGUAGUACUGGAAAUACAUCAAUCAGCUCUCCUGAAUGUGCUGGAAGCUCUGACCACAAGGGACAUCUGGAGAAACCCACUAGCUCCAAAACAGGAGAGAAACCAUUUCAAUGCUCCCUUUGUGACAAAGGAUUUGGAUUAAAUAAGUAUCUAAAGAGACACAUGAUUGUCCACACAGAACAUAAACCAUUUAAUUGUUCCGUGUGUUGUAAAACAUUUACACACAAUAGAUACCUUAAUGAUCACAUGUUUAGCCACACAGGAGAGAAACAAUUUAGUUGUUCAGUGUGUAGUAAAACAUUUACACAUAAGAGAUCCCUUAAUGAUCACAGGUUCGUCCACAUAGGAGAGAAACCAUUUAGCUGUUCAGUUUGUAGUAAAACAUUUAAAAAGAAGGGAAACCUGAAGGCCCACAUGACUGUCCACACAGGAGAGAAACCAUUUCAAUGCUCACUUUGUGACAAAAGAUUUGGAUCCCAUAGUGAUCUAAAAAGACACAUGGUUGUCCACACAGGAGAGAAACCAUUUAGUUGUUCUGUGUGUAGUAAAACAUUUUCACGUAAGGGAUACCUGAAUGGUCACAUGUUUGUACACACAGGAGAGAAACCAUAUAGUUGUUCAGUUUGUGAUAAAACAUUUUCACAAAAACACAUUCUGAAACGACAUUUAAUUAUCCACACUAGAGAAACUAAUUAGUCGUUGAGUUUCUCAACAAGAUUCUCUUUUCUCGGUUAUUCCAAAAAUCACAAGUGUAGUUAUGAGAGUCUCUGAAAUAAACAUGGUUAAACACUUAAAAACUGUCAGGCUGAUACAAACUCCAACAUAAAUCUAUUUAGCUGAGAUUAAGCUUCACAUCAAUUUAUAUUCUUUGACGUCAGUUUCUCUGGUAUCGUCUUAUGUUUCAUGUGUUAUGUAUUGUCACGUAUAUAUGAAUUUAAAUGGUUUUCCAUUGUCAAAGUAUUUCAUGUCCUCUAUGCAGCACUGUGGUUUGAGCUGAAUUCUCAUCGGUGAUGAAACUGAGGAACAUUUGUAACCUUCUUUCUCUUCAGCAACGUUUCUCUUCAGUUUAAACUCAAUACUUCCUUCAUUUAAUUUUACUGUAGAAACUGACAUUUUGUUCCAUAACUGAAGAAUGACUGAAUUGAGAACAGAAUUGUGGUUAAUUGUCUCCAUCCUUCUUUCUUCUUCAACAUCAUCCUCUACUGAUCUCCUCUCUUUGACAUUUAGGGAUUCCUUUGUUUUCAGACGUGAAUAUUUAACCUUUUGUUGACUGAACGUUCUCUCUUUGAUUCUCUAGUGUUGUAACAGCUGUUCAAGUAAUCUGUUGUUGUUGUUUUCUUGGUGGCUCACAAACAUUUGGAAAGUUCAGACAAUGUUUCCACCAAAAUGACUUCAGUUCAUUGUUCCUCUGUAUUUGCCCCAGAGUUUAUCACACCUUUAUCCCUUAUUGUAAUUCAUCUGUAACAUCAAUUACAUUUCUUUCAUACCAGUCUUCCUCAUGUUUCAAUAUUGAUUGUAUUUGCUCCUUUGUUUGUAAACAUACUGCUCUCUUUGCACUGCUGGUCGGAUGCUAACCGACAUUUCGUUGCCUCAGUACCUGUGCAAUGACAAUAAAGUUGAAUCUGAAUCUGAA